CCGUCGAACUACACUAUCUUGAUGUUUUGCCGCGAUAAAAUGUCUGCGAAAAAUGUGGAUCAUCAAACAUCGCACAUUAUAGGAUAAUGAUGAUUCGUGAAAAAAUAGUGCAAAAGUUUUGGGAUGUUCUCCACUUUCUGUGUUACGAUCCAAAACGGCUGGUGAGAAUCAUCGUGCUCAGCAUUUGCAGUGUUGUUGUGAUAUUUCAGCUCACGGAAUGCUUCCACAAGUUGAUCAAUCCACCCAUAUCGACCCAUUCGAAGUUCGACUUGAACGAGUCGAUGUCCUAUCCGGCGAUCACAUUCUGCCGGAAUCCCCCGUACAAAGCCGAUGUGAUGAAACAAUACAAUCUGACGCAGCAUCCCAAGUAUGCGAAUGCCUUCAGCAAUUUCGAUUUUAGUCAAGCGACGCUUGACGACCUGUUUCGGGAUGCAACGUACAAUGAAAGUGAAUUUUUCAUGCAAUAUGGACUGAACGAAUUAAAGGAGAAUGUCGAAGUGAUCAGUAGUAUGCACCUAGAUAUGGGCCAGUGUUUUACAUUGAAUCCACUAACAACUACGACCCAUUCGUGGAAGGACUAUGGCUAUUCGGUUCUAUUGCAGCAUGACAUCAAGGAUGAGACGUACUACUUGGGCGAAGAAUUGCCCGGAUGGCACGUGUUCAUCCACGACCCGACGGAAGGAUUCGCAGGUAGUGUUUUCUUCUGUGGUGAACUGUGUCACUGGCGCCACGUGAUUAGCAUCGUUGGCUGUACUGGCCCUUGGAUGGCGGCCGAUGGAGUAGAACUUUGCGACACAGCCAACGAAACGCAACAGCUAAUCAAGCACUACAAACGGCUGGAAGAUCUGGACGGUCGCGUUUGUGGCUGCUAUCAACCGUGCUCAACUACCAUCUUUACGGCUUAUGUAAUGAACAGGAAGGACUACAGCAUCGAUGUCCCGUCAGGACAGCUUUGGUUGUAUUACACUUCGAAAAUGGUGACGAUCAUCGAGGAAUUCCACAGCUACGAUCUGACGCAGUUCGUGGCUGACUUGGGAGGAUCGCUAGGCUUCCUGUUGGGUCUUUCGGUGCUCGGGCUGAUAGGACUGUUGGAGAAGAUCGUUGCGCUGUUGUUCAUUCGCAACUUGAUUGCCGAAAAAAGAAACCGAACCAACGAGAGAAAGUCCAAGCAGACAAACGAGAAGGGAAUUGAGAAUUCCGACGAUCCGUGCCAAAAUUGUAGCACCACGGAGUGCAGUGACACAACGCUGGCAGUUGCAGAUGUCAAGAAAUAAUCGUCAAAUUAAGCGUAUCAUUUUUGCAACAUGUCUAAUAUUUAGAUUAACGUUCGUUUAGAGAAUUAAGAUGACCCCCUGUCAUAAAUAUAUUUACGCAAAUGUCCCUGAACAAAUCACCCGCAAUUAUUCGUUUCAAUUAAAAUUUAAGGCAAUGAGAGUGACGCGGUAAGGAGCCACAGACUGUACGAUCUGGCAACGAAGAUCGAUGGUAAUGCUGUGCAAACAAACAUCAGUGUGCAAAAGUAUAAAUUUUGCGCUUCCAACCAUCAAAUCCCAAACGAGAGGUGGUCUGUGACGUGUUUCUCGUUCUUGCAGAUAUUUAUAGUCAAUUUGCAUAG